CUUCCUUUAAACAUGGGGGCGCGUGAGGCACCGCCGAACCGUCUGCCCGGCGGGAGGCCUCCUCGCCGACAACGGGCGUCGCGUUUACCGCGAGCCGUCGUAGGCGCCGGGCACGAGCACCGUGUCGAUGGCGUGGAUGACGCCGUUGUCGCACUGGACGUCCGCCGGCCAGUUGGACGACUUGGACGGGCCCUCCGACUUGAGGCCGAUGAUGGCGUAGUCGAGCCAGUUCUUGCGGAACUUGCGGUAGUAGGUCAGCGUGCCGCCGUUGAGCGUCUUCUGGUCCGAGUUGAGGGCGUCCAUCGUCUUCUUGCCCUCGAUCACGUGGUACUUGAGCACGUCAGCCGUGACCGGCGUGCCGACCUCGUUGUUGUGCUUGUCGAAGGCCGAGUUGGACGGCGCGAGGAGCGUGUACUCACCGCCCGAGAGGUCGACGCCCUCCUUGGAGAGCGCGGCCGCGAGCUGGUCGAAGUUGUCGUAGCCCUUGAUGUCGGCCUCGUCGUGGCCGAGGAGCACGCCGUCCGAGCCCCAGAAGAUCUCCGGGCCCUCCAUCGAGGCGAGGGUGUCGGCGAUGGACGCGUCGAGCUUCGUGGCGGCCUUGGGGGCCGCGACGGGCGCGAAGGCCGUGACGGCCGGGGCGAGGGCGAGGGCGAGGGCGAGCUUGGCCAUUUUUGUGAGAGCUGCGUGCAACGACACCGUGAGUGGGGCGCGCGGGAUCCCUUAUGCAAGUGUGUGGUGCGGGGCGCGGCGCGGUCGCGGCGUCGGCGAUGCCCCACGUCCGGCGCCGCGCGCGGCGCCCGCGCGAGGCUCGCCGGCGGCGCGGCGCACCGGCACGCGCGCGCGCCCGGGCCGGGCGCACGGGACCAUCGUGCGCGCGCGCGGGUGCGGGCCGCGGCGCGGCCGCGGCGCCGGCGAGGCCCCGGAGAGCGACGGCGAUUGAUGAUGCACCAUGCGCGCGCGGGGCAGCGCGCGGCGCCGCGCAGCGAGUCGGCGCGGGGUCCGGGGGUGGGGAGAAGGCACCAGGUUGCGCGGUUGCAAACAGCGGACGCCGGCAAAUGCAGAGGUUUUAGUCGACGAUAGCAGAUCCACGUCUGUGCGGCGGCC